UCCCAAAAUCAGGAUCUACUAUAUACAGAUCGUAAACAGGAUCGUGGAGUUCCUAGUGUUCCGCAAUGUCGUACAUGAGUGAAGUAACGAUGACGUCGAGACUAGUCGUGCAGAGCCAGCACUCCAAGGCCAACAACUUUGUCUGGGCGAACGCAGCCGCACGCACAUCAAUCACCUCGCCUAUGCAAGAACGGGUUGCGUGACUACGAGCCGUCUGUUUACUGCCCACUAAAUUCUACUUACUUGCAGUUUGCAUUGCAGUGCAGCCUGCACCUUUUUUGCAGGGGCAAUUAAGUCGUUCCUCGGUCUUACUUUUGAUAAGGUAGCGCCGUUGGUGGUGUGUUGGGAAACUUCUAAACGGUGAAGACUGCGCGAGAACAAGUGCCGAGGUCACGAGCUGCUCAUUUUCAUCAAGCAGCAACAAGGAAAAGACAAUGGCAAUGGCGGAAGGAAAGAAGGAUUCGGUGGUGUUGCCAUUUUACUAUAGCCAUGUGUGGAAGAAUGUGCUUCUACUGGCUCUGAGCGCUGUUUGCGCGCCUCUCUCGGCAGCGCUGGUGUUGGUUGGUCUUGCAGUGUCGAAACUCCAUGGACAGCGCAAUGCAACGUUUUCCAAGGAGGAUAAGCAGCAUGUUGCAGCGGCACGGAGACGGAAAACUAUUCUUGUCACAGGAGUGUCGAUGACCAAGAGCCUUACUAUUGCGCGCAAUUUGUCUCAGCAUACACCACAUCGCAUCAUCGGCGCCGACAUCUCUGCUCUAUCACCAGGUCGCUUCUCCAACGCUAUUGCAAAAUACUACCGUCUGGACACACCAAGUGGCGACGAUGCGGAGCCAUAUAUUGAUUCCAUCCUCUCCAUCAUCCAGCGCGAGAAAGUCGACUUAUGGAUCAGCUGCUCCAGCGUCGUCGCAGCCGUAGAAGACGGUCAAGUCGUCCGCUUAGCAGAAAAGCAGGCCAAAGAACAAGGCCGCAAGUUUGAAGCCGUCCAGUUCCGGGAAGAUGUGGUCGAAAAGUUCCACGAGAAGGACAAAUUCAUCGACUAUAUCGAAUCGCUCGGUCUGCCAAUCCCAGAAUCGCACCGCUGCACCCACCCAGGGGAAGCCCUCGAUGUGCUCAUGGGAGAGCUUCACAGAACCCCGACAAAAUCUGGGAGAACAGCACCCAGGCGACAAUUCAUCAUGAAACCCAUCGGAGUGGACGACAAGGCGCGAAACAACAUGAUGACCCUCCUCCCCUUCAAGACACCGGAUGCAACAGCGCAAUACAUUCACUCUCUCAAUAUUAGCAAGGAAAACCCAUUCCAACUCCAACAAUUCAUCAAGGGAAACGAGUACUGCACACAUGCACUCGUCAUCCGCGGCAAAGUAAAGGCCUUUACUAGCUGCCCCAGCCUAGAACUCCUCAUGCACUACGAACCGCUACCAGCCUCCUCCCCCCUCAGCAAAAAGAUGCUCGAAUUCACCGAGCGUGUGUGCAAAGACGGUGGCGAAACCUUUACAGGUCAUCUGAGUUUUGACUUUCUAGUCGAGAACGACGACAAGGGUGCGGCUGCGAAGUUCUACCCUAUUGAAUCUAACCCCCGUGCUCAUACGGCUGUCGUGCUCUUUGAGCAGACGCCCGAAAUGGCGGAAGCAUAUCUUUCCAUCUUCAACAGUCCUAACCCAUUGACCUCCAAAAACAAGCCUGGCCCUGUUUUUCCUCGCACCCCAACGUACAGUUAUUACUGGAUCGGACAUGACCUUGUAUCUUUUGUCAUCCUGCCACUUCUCGAUCUCUUAUUCGGUGCGACAACGCUGCAGAGUGCGUUCAAUGAUCUAGCGACAUUUUGGAGUCAUGUUGUGGGGUGGAAGGAUGGGACGUAUUUGUUUGAGGAUCCAGUACCUUUCUUCGUCUUGUAUCAUGUUUAUUGGCCGGCGAAGUUCUUGGAGGCGUUGAGAAGGGGGCAGGCGUGGAGUCGGAUUAAUGUCAGUACUACAAAGAUGUUCGAGGUUUGAGUAUGGGGUGAUGGAUGUGAGCUGGACGGGAGGAAUAGGAAGGUGCGAGGUGGGAUCGGGAGUCGGUCCAAUGCAUGUCAGUAUGUAUAAUUCUAGAUGAUUUUUCAUGAAGUGUUGUAUCAUUACUGUGGCGUCGUCACUGGACCUGAUCGCAAUGUC